UUUGGUUAUGAAAGGAUCUCAUGCAAUUGUUCAUUCUAAUUUUUGUGCAGAAAAAAAUUAUCAAAUCCUUAUCAGAAUGCAGUAUUCAUGAUCUUUUGAAUCAAGACUGCAACAUCAAUACUGUCAAUACGUAUAUCAUGAAUCUAGGAAUCGUCAUGUUAUCUAACAGUCUAAUUCUCGAAAAAACUUACUCUGAAGAUUCUAAUCAAAGUAAAAGAUGAUUCACAAAAAUGUUGAUUAUGAUUAAACAAUCAAGCAUUCUUCUGUCACAGAAUCUGAUAUUAACACCCAAGCAAUGUUCCAGUAUAUGGAAUUUGAAGAGCCGGUGAGCAAGGACUCUCCUGAGAGUGAGUCUACUGGUAGUCAUGGCAACAACCCACAAAAUGAGCAACCAUUCACUUGGAGAGGCCACAUGAAGAAUUUCCUUCAUUCCAAGCCUUGCCAUAUUGCUGUCAUAGUUCUUGUGCUGGUGGACAGCGUUCUAGUGAUCACAGAAAUCCUGUUAGACCUUCAUGUAGUUGAAGUCCAUGAGGAAAGUGAAGCACCAGAGAUCGUGCAUUACUGCUCCAUCUCUAUCCUUUCUAUAUUUAUGAUUGAGAUUGCUGCAAAGCUUAUUGCCGACUGGGAACACUUCUGGUCCCAUAAAAUGGAGAUAUUUGAUGCGAUAGUUGUCGUCGUAGCGUUCGCUUGUGACAUCGGAGUUUUAUUCGUAGAAAACGAGGCAGCUGUUGCUCUGGGACUUCUCGUACUCCUGAGGUUAUGGAGGGUUGUCAGGCUGGUCAACGGAAUUAUUCUGACUGUGAAAAAUGAAGGAGAUGAACGAGUUCAUGCAUUGAAAGAUAAACUGAAAAGUCUUGAGGAAAAGGUCGAAGGAAUGGAAGAAAAACUGGAAAAAAAAGAAAAAAAUAUUCAAAAAUUACGAGAUAUUCUCACUGAGAACGGAAUAGAAGUUGAAAUAGAGCCAGAUCCACCACUAGAUGACAGCACAGAACAAGAGAAAAGUGAAGCCGUGAUACAUUUGGAGGACUCUAAUAUUGUUUCUGUCGAUGCUUGAUUAUAAGCUUGUUGGCAGUGAUUCAAACAGGGACGUAGCCAGGAGGUGGUUUUGGGGGCCGAACACCCCCCCCCUUUUGAAAUGUAAUAAAAAUAAAAACAUCUUUCUGUAUCAUACAUAGACAUUUUUCGUAGCUUGAAACGCUCUUUAGACUCAAGACUCAAGAAAACACACGUUUUCCAGUGUUCGGCCGCUGGCUGUUUCGGUCUAACUUGGCAAAUAGAAAUGUCAGAACCCAAUACCCCCCCGCUUCAAAAUCUGGCUACGCCCUUCCCUGGGUUCAAAACCUUUCUUGAUAUAUUUUUCCCCCAACAUGGAACUCUUUGUUCAAUUUUGUUACUAUUAGUAAAAAAAAUUGUUAUGUGUUCAAUUUCUAAAGGAAACUGAGUUCAUGUGAGUGUAGCUUGCACUCUAGCAUUUUCACAUUUUAAAUAAUAGGUAGAAAUCAUUAGUGAAGCUAUAACAGAUCCUUUUUUAUUUAUAUAUAAAUAAAUUUUUGAAACUCUUUAGUCAUGUUCGCAAAUGAUUUUCACCAUCGAAUCCAUUCAUUUGAAACGAAUGACCAGUUGAUUACUCCCAUAUCCGACAUGGACUGGUAAACUGGUCGAGAGUUUGUGAUUCAUUUUACAUUUACCCUCUUUCCUUUUCAUUUUGGAUAUAUUGUUCGCCUACUAUGGAACUCUUUAUUCCUUCUUCACUAUUGGUAAAAAGUUUUGUUAUUUGUUCAAUUUCUAACGGAAACCGUGUGAGUGUUACGUACAACUCACACUCUGGCUUUUACACAGUUUGAAUAAUAAGUAAAAAACAUUUGUGAAGCUAAAACAAAUCCAAAUAUCCUCCUUGUCUCAUCAUAUACUAUGAUUAAUUUGUGUCUAAUUUUAGUUCAAAAAAUUUAUCAUGUAUUUAUUUCAAAUUAUAGUUUAUAUGAAUAAAGAAACAGGGCAAACCUCAUAAAAUAAGGAAUGAGAUUUUUCAGUCAUAUGACUGAUUUCUAUUUUUUUUUUCAUAUGACUAUCUUAUCUCAUAGAUAGGCAAUCCCGUAGUAUUUGUACCAGGUUAGGGUUAGGC